GGUUGGGAGAGAAUUGGUCUUGAGAAAGGAAGGAAUCAAAUAAUGACUCUGGGUUGGGGAUGCGUUAUAAAGCUGGGACAGACUGGAAGAGGUCAGUGAUAGGGAUUCCGAUUUUGGAGAUUUCCGGGGGGCGCGGGCUCUCCUCGCCCCAUCCUUGUGCUUUGGAGGGGCUUCCGGAGAUGUGAGUGGACAUACGUCUCCCGAUCACGGCUGCUUUUACAGCCCUGCACCUGCCCCCCACCCAGAGAGACUGGCACAAGCUUGACCAAGAGUUAAAGAAGAAUAAGGGUGACAGUCUUAGUAGACGUGGGACGGCCGCUAGUAGGAGGACACUGUGGUGGUGGAUCUAACCAACAUUUUCCUUUCGACUUAAGGAAAAGAGUAUAGAGAAACCUCCAUCAUUCUGGAGGCGGCUUCUCCGGGGGAGCUUUUGAGUCAUUCCCACCAGCAUAGAUGACAGGGUGACUUCUGUUGCCUCCACGAUAAUUUUUAGUUUGCUUUUUUGGGGGGAGGGAAGUGUGUCCUAAUUCCAUUUCUUCCGCCCUGUAUCCACUCCAUCGAUUCCCCAAAUCUGAGACUCAAACUCUUUGUUUUGUUCUUCAAUUGCAGACCUACUACAGCAUCUGCCCUUAAUGUCCAUCCCCAGCUUUUCUGGAAACAUGGAGUCUCCAUCUAGUAUUUCCCUCUACUCCUCUUCCUCCCUCUCUUCUUCCUCUUCCCCCUCCGGGGUGGAGAGUGCCCCCAGUGACUCUGGCUUUCCCUCAGAUAGUGAGGGAGACUACAAAGGGGCUCAUGGGCCCAGGUUGGAGGCUGGUUGGCAGAGGGGGAAUCAGUGGCUGAGCCCUCUUCGACGUUGCCGACGCCCCCUGAAGUCCAGCGGUCGCCAGGCUGCAUCUUGCCUAGAAAGACCUGGCUUGGCUUCUCCCAAGGCUGGUUCCGGAAUGAAAAGAUCAAGAGACAGUGAGGAGGAAACCUGUCUGAACGUCCAAAAUCCUCUUACAGAAGGAGAUCGGCUCUUUGCUCAGAAGUGUAAAGAGCUCCAAGGAUUCAUUCGCCCCCUCACAGACCUGUUGAAUGGGCUGAAGAUGGGCCGCUAUGAGAGAGGAUUAAGCAGUUUUCAACAGAGUGUAGCAAUGGACAGGAUUCAGCGAAUUGUAGGUGUCCUACAGAAGCCUGAGAUGGGUGAGCGUUAUCUAGGGACCUUGCUACAAGUAGAGGGUAUGUUGAAGACCUGGUUCCCUCACGUAACUUCCCAGAAGUCACCCCCAGAGGAUAGGAAGCACAAACUUCUUUCUAAGCGUUUGGCCAGCAGCCAGACCCAUCCAACUGGUCCCUCAGCUGAUCUCCCCAGAAGGGAGAUAAACCAGAUUCAGCCAAGACAUCUGGAUCAAGGAAAAGAAAAGUUGCAUUCUCAAGAACAAGAGUCGGCCCAACUCCUCCCAGAAUGGCCAGCCAUGAACUUGACCUGGAUCCACACAUCUCCCAUCUGCAACCCACCUCUCAGUUCUCUUGGCUCAGCUGCCUUCAGCCAUGGCCUUUUGGGUCCCGGCACCAGCUUUGGGGUUAUUCUCUUUCUUCAGCCUGGAACACAAUCUUUAGCAUAUUCAGCACCCACCACUCCUGUUCCUGCUACUACAGUGUCUCCUGUUGUCUGUGAGGGCCCUAAGGACCUCCCUGAAGAAGGGCCUCGUUGCUACAGUUUGCCAGCUUCUCUAGCAUCCACUUCACUGACCUCAGAAUGGAGCCCUACUCUGUCCCCACCCUGUUUACCUAUGGUGGCCAAAGAGGUGAUAACUAGAAUGGAUGAGAAACAGGCCUUUAAUUUCUGUUGAUGUCCUGUUUUCCCCAUCCCAACUAUAGGACUAUCCUCUCUGCCCUGGUUUCUAUUUUAUGUGUGUUUUUUUAAUUUUAUUUUUUGAAGUGUGUAUAUUUGUGCUGAGGGGAUAGAAACCCUCUCUGAUUAAAGUAAUUUUACACCUGAA